AUGUUGUUGGCUGGACGUAUCUUGCUUUUGUUCUUGUUCUUCUUUACUUUAGAGGAGUAUAAUCAAAGAACUAUUGUGAGUUUUGUAAUUUUAUGAUCAUUACCUAGUGUAGCAUACCUUUAUAGUCAACACAAAAAGACAGUAAUAUUGUGUUGCUUAUAACGAGAGCCUUCGUUAUCUGACGGUUUUUAAAAAUUGAUCUUCAGACUGUCUUUCUCAUAGCCCUAGUGCUAAUGGUGUGUAUUGUGCUAGGCUACAAGACCAAGGUAACUGCUUCCUUGUUGGUCGUAUGGCUUACUGUAGUUAAUUUGAUGGUAAACUCGUAUUGGAAUGAAUCAACUGAAAAGAUCACAUGGUACCAAAAGAAAUUUGCCUUUUUUGAAACUUUGACUGUAAUUGGAGGACUGUUACUGAUUAUCUGCCAUGGACCUGGUGGUGUUUCUGUUGAUAACUACUUCAAAACAAAAUAG